ACUGUCCUUCCGCGCCCUCCGCCGAGCUCCUGUCCUCGUAAAUUUAAUUGCGUUCGCGGCCGCUCCCGCAAACCACAAGUCACCAACCCCCGUACUCCUCGCCAGCAGCGACCACACCAAAGUGGAGCUGCAAUCCAGCAAAGGGGUUUUCUAGAGCACUCUGGAGUAUUCUGUCCAAACCCAUGGCCAUGGGUUACGAUGACGCUGCCCUAGCAGUACGAAGCAAGACGCUCCCUCCAGCCCCCCCGCCAGAUGUCGCAAACUCGAGGCCGUCCGAGCAGCCCGACUCUAGCCCAGAAAGUCGUACGCACUCACUCCGCCGAAAGCCAGUUCCUGGCGCCGCACAGCAGCCCGCCAUCGUGCUGCAAGGCCCUCCCUCGUUUAAUAUUGCAGGACAUGAGGAUACUGUGGCAGGAGGAAGGGAUUCGAGGCAGUCGGGGUCGUCGCUCACACCUAGUUCCAUAGGGCAUUCGAGGAGCCCAUCAAGAGAGACAGCCGAUCAGGGAGGAGACAUGGACUCUGCACACCCAGUGGCGGUGACAAAGGACAUUCCUAUGCACCAGCUAAACAUCAAUACCGGCCCAUAUAACCCACGUCAUUCGCAAGCAGCGCAGUUGGAGAUGGCGAACGAAAAUCUGCAGGAUGAUCAGUACUACUACGGCUCAAGAGAGCAGCAGGCUCAGGCAUACCCACCAGCCCAGUACCACCAACAACCCACACCCCCGCCUCCUUCAUUGUUGCCUCGCGAAAAUGUGCAUUCUCCUAGUUCUGAAUCGCAGCAUUCUUCAAGAAGUAACAACAGUGACCCGCGCAAUGCUUUCAACUUUGGGCCUGAUGUACAAGUACCUCUGCAAGUACCCCGCACUACCCUCCCGAGACCCAACUCUGCGUACACGUUGGGUUCCGAGUUGAACUCCCACGGUCGUACACAUUCCCCACACCUCUCCGUCGGAGGUUCUCCCUCAUCCAAUGGAUCACAGGCGAAUUACGGUCGGCAGCUGUCUUCAAAUCGGCGGUCUCCCGAAACAAGGCCAUCUUCAUACGUGGAUCUGCUGAAUUUGCCCUACAAUCAGCAAAUUGCGCCUUCGGCAGGGCUAGGUAAUAACAUGCUUCUCCGACAUGCUGUCGGGCAAAACGCCUCGCUUCUGGAUACAAAGAAAACCCUUGACAUGUAUCGAGCAAACGUGAAGAAAACCCAAGACAUGGCUGUGCAGUACGAAUUCGCGUUGUUCAUGGUUCAAGUCGCCCGGGAAAUUAUGGCGUCUGACCCAGGGAUCGACAAUCACGGACUUGCUCCAGUGGAGAUGCUCCGAGAGGCACGACAGAUUCUCCAGCGGCUAGCCGACCGGAGUUACCCUUUCGCGCAAUAUUAUUUAGCUGAUGGCUAUGCCUCAGGUCUCUUUAAUAAAGACAAGCCUGAUUAUGAUCGAGCAUUCCCUCUUUUUGUGGCUGCCAGCAAACACGGCCACGCAGAAGCCGGGUAUCGAGCAGCGCUCUGCUACGAAUUCGGCUGGGGCUGCCGCAAAGACUACGCCAAAGCAGUACAGUUUUACCGAGCUGCAGCAUCAAAGAAUCACCCUGGGGCCGCGACACGAUUAGGCAAAGCCUGCCUAACGGGAGAUAUGGGGUUGACGAACCGGUACAGGGAGGGUCUCAAAUGGCUCAAGCGAGCGACUGAGUCAGCAGACUCUCAGUACAACAGCGCGCCGUAUGAACUAGGAUUGUUGCACGAAACGGGGUACGGCGAAGACGUGUUCAAGGACGAAAUCUACGCUGUGCAACUCUUCACCCAGGCCGCGGAACUGGGACAUCCGCAAGCCGCGUUGAAGCUGGGCGAGGCCUACGAGCAUGGGCAUUUGUGCUGUCCAAAGGAUGCCGCUCUUUCCGUUCAUUAUUACAAUUGCGCCGCCCAGGCCAAUAUUCCCGAAGCGAUGAUGAACCUGUGUGCGUGGUACAUGGUGGGCGCUGAGCCUGUUCUGGAAAAGGAUGAGAACGAGGCGUACGAGUGGGCUAAGAAGGCUGCUGAGCAUGGCCUUCCAAAAGCAGAGUACGCUGUCGGAUACUUCACCGAAAUGGGCAUCGGCUGUCGACGCGAUGCUCUUGAAGCAAAUGUCUGGUACGUCAAGGCCGCCGACCAUGGAGACGAGAGAGCAAAGCAACGCCUAGCAAUUAUCCAAGCAGCGGCAUCAGGCCAGACAGGUGUUCCAACGAACGACAAAAAUAAGCUCAAAAAAGGAGGGAAGGACGAGAAUUGUGUGGUCAUGUGAGCCAGCCUGCUCAAUCACCGCAUUGCAUUUUUGGGUUUACGUUACAUCAACUUUUCUUCCCUUCUCAUAUCCCUCGGUUGUCCUCGCUCUCUUUUAAUACUCGAUGCAUAUUCCUACUCACCUUUGACUCAAAUGGAGUCUUGACGGCAUUUCACCGGGGGGCAGGCAAGCAAGCAUUGGGAUUUUCGGCAUGUUGCACGCAUUUUUCAUUGCAUUUUCUGGUAACCAAAAUCUUGGGUUUUUUUUUUCACCACCUUCUUUUCAAAAUGUUUGCUGAAAAGGAUGGAACUCUUUCAGAAUACCAGACCAGAAGUAAUAGUGUUUGCUGGAGCGAACGAUGAAUGAGGAUUAAUGUUGGAUCGAAGUGUUCUUCUCUGCGGUUGUUCACGGCUUUCGUUGAGUUUCUGAUGACUGUCUGAAAUUGGCGUGG